CUAACAUCAAAAUAUUUACGACUGCUUUUUGCGCUACUUGCUUGCAUUUUGCAUAUUUUUAAAUAUUUAUGCACUCAUUCAUUAUGUAGUUUAAGUUAAAUAAUAACAGAUUUACAUACAUUCCUUAUUACCGUGGAAGAUUAUGGCAUCGGCGACUUCAAGCACCAAAUACAUAAACAAUUUGCGGCUAAAACUAUGCUUUUGCAUACUCUUAAAAUGCAACAUCUCCAUAUGUGUCUGCUGUGCUUAAUUGCAUUAGCGAUACUUUCCUACUUCGUCCAUCAGCGUCCUUCUUGGGUAACUGACUACAAGGGAGAGGCAGGUGGUUUUAGCGAAGCACAAACCUCGAAACCCCCUCUUUACAUCGUUGUCGUAUGCUGCGGUCAAAGAGUCCAGGAGACUCUGGUUAUGAUCAAAUCAGCCAUUCUGUUCAACUAUGACGAAGAGUAUUUAAAAUUUUUAAUUUUCACCGAGAACGGCCAGGGUGAUGAGUUCACGGAAAAGCUGACGGACUGGCGAGACAUCAAACCCUUCACGUUUGACUUUGAGAUCCUGCCUUUGAAGUUUCCCAGCCACAAUGAGGUCGAAUGGAAGAAUCUCUUCAAGCCGUGUGCCGCUCAGCGUUUGUUUCUCCCGUCUUUGCUAACGAAUGUGGACUCAUUGCUGUACGUUGACACGGAUAUAUUGUUUUUGUCACCUAUCUCGGAUAUCUGGCGAUUCUUUAGGAAGUUCAACGAGACCCAGAUCUCAGCGCUGACGCCGGAGCACGAGAACGAGAACAUUGGCUGGUACAACCGCUUCGCACGGCAUCCGUUCUACGGCCGACUCGGCGUGAACUCUGGGGUUAUGCUAAUGAAUCUCACCCGAAUGCGGGAAAUGAAGUGGGAGCAACAUAUCCUGGCUAUUCACAAGGAGUACAAACUGCGGAUUAUCUGGGGCGACCAAGACAUCAUAAACAUACUAUUUUACUUCCAUCCCGACAAGCUGUACAUCAUGCCGUGCGAAUACAACUACCGUCCAGAUCACUGCAUGUACAUGAGCAUUUGUAACAUGUCCCAUGUCGGCGUCAAGGUAAUUCACGGCAAUCGUGGCUAUUUCCAUUCCGACCGGCAACUGCUUUUCAAAUCCAUUUACGAGUCGAUGGAGAAUUACCAAUUGGGGUCCAAUGCCAACACCCAAUUCCUAAUGCCGCUCCAUGCAGCACUUAAAAUGCAAUCCGUCAAUGAGUCUAGCUGUGGAAAGAUAUCAAAUGAGGUCCUGAAAGUGGCGAAUACAGUUCUAAGUAAUAGGUACAGGGAGGAUUAGCGUGUAGUGUAAAUAGGUAAUAAUAUAGAGUAUUAUUAGAAAUUGUAGAAAUGCGAUUUGCAACGAAAUGUACUUAACUACAGGUAUAAGUUUUUAUACAACAAUGAAAACAGAUGAUUGUACAAAGAUUUGUGAGGGAAAUGCAGCGUCGGUAUAUCAAUAUUAAUUGAAAAAACCAUUCCAUAAAAUAAAUAAAACUUUAAUA